AUGAUCCUGUUUUUAUUAUUGGCCGUAGCACAGUGUGGAGUAAACGCCCAGUUCUAUUUAUACGACCCUUGCACAUCAACAGCAACACUAUUAUCGCCAUCAAGCCAAUAUACAGCACCACCUUGCUCUUGCUGCUCUCCUCCACUAAAUAUUCCUGCACCGCCCUCGUGUCCAGUCUACGUCACAUUACCCCCACAACCCCCACUAUGCGUCACACCGCCACCUUUGCCUCCUAUAAUGAUAGAGCUUCCUUUACCCCCACCAAUGACAGUUUCACCUCCCCCAUCGCCACCGUUCUUUGUAAAUCCUCCUCCGCCCCCACCCUUGACCGUAACUCCGCCACCGAUACCCCCAAUUUGCGUCACUCCUCCUCCAUUACCUCCCAUGUGUGUAAAUCCACCAACGCCGCCACCGAUGUACGUUAACCCUCCUGUCCUUCCACCCAUCAUACUUGAAUUGCCCCUGCCGCCUCCAAUUAUCAUCGAGUUGCCUGCUCCGCCACCAAUUGUCGUACAGCCCCCACCGUUGGGUCAACUGAUGAUUCAUCCGCCUGCAUUACCACCGAUGCCUGUCCAGCCGCCUCCGCUACCACCGAUGAUGGUUCAGCCGCCUUCGCCGCCGCCUUUAAUGAUUGAGCUGCCACCACCGUCGCCAAUAAAUAUACAACCACCUCCUCCACCGCCGAUGUGUGUCCAGCCUCCACCACCAUCUCCAAUAAGCGUACAACCACCACCGUUGCCUCCAGUAUGUGUACAACCUCCGCAACCACCUUCGAUGUAUAUACAACCUCCACCGAUAGAACCUUUCUGUUUACAACCCCCGCCUCCGUCUCCCAUCUGCUUCCAGUCUGGUCCGCCUUGCGGGUGUGGUUGUUCACCAUCACCGAUCUACUUGUAG